AUGGCUCAAUCAUCUCUCUCGGCGAGUACCACCGCAGCUUUUAACCUGUUGCUGGCGCAUAUCACAGCGAUUAGCAGAUCUAAUGGCACCAAGCCGAUUGUUCCAUCCCCGCCUCAACGAGACCUUUACAGCUGUGCUAUAUAUCUCCAUAACGAAUUGAGCAAGCGAAACGUACCCUACUACUUCUGCGGUGGAUUCGCUUGUAUCAAUGUGGGGAUGACCGCUCGUACCACAUCCGACAUUGACAUCGCAGUUCCAAACGGUCCCGAUGGAUUUGGCGUACUCCUCAAUAUCCUAUCACGCGCCCCUUUCAUCCAGGACAAAACGGGGGUGCUGCCUAGAGGCUCCUACUACUUCUUUGUGCAAUCAAGCGGCACCUUUGUCGAGAUAGAUGGCAUCAUGGCUGGCUUCAUGGGGUUUCCUACCUUCGACCCAGCGAAGAUUGUCCAAACAAGCCAGCAGCAGCUGCAGCUUAAAUUUCUCGAGCCAUCGGAACUACUAAGACUGAAGUUUAGCACUUGGGCAAAUGAGACUCGACGCAAAGGGCCGAAGCGACAAGGAGACAUUUCGGAUAUCCUGUCGAUCCGUCACUUGCUAGUCAGUUCAGGAAAGAGCAUGGAUCUGAAAGGUCUCCAAGGUGAAUUUGCUAGGGGGCUCAGGGGUUGGGUGCAGGAAUUUAAUGACCUGGGGUUUAGCAGAGGUUAG